GCUCAAGCGUGCCCUUGCUGCCGCUGUACCAGCUCACAAGCACUCGCAUUCGAUCCUCGUCCAAAUCCGAGCUCGCCCCGCCCCGUCGCCGUCUCGCCUCGCUCCCUUCCUUCCUCGCCGUCAUCAUGGGCGUCGACCUCGAGCCCGACAACCUGUACCUGCGCCAGACUUUGGCCGACAAGUUCAUCAGGCCUACGAGCCUCGACCAGUCGUUUGUCGACUUCGACUCGGUCCGGUACCACCUCUCGACCCCGGAACGCAAGACGCAGCUCGUCCUCUCGAUGGACGUCCCCUGCUGGCAAGAGCUCAAGCAGUACGGCGCACUCGACGUCCUCGAGCGCGAGUACGGGUCGCGCCUCUUGCCCGAGGGCCAGACCGAGGACGGGUUCUCGCUCACGCUCGUCGUCGACCUCGACCAGGGCCCGCCCGAGGGAGAAGAGCGCACCGCCCUGAUCCAGUCGCUCGCCCUCCUCAAGCGCAACGCGCUCGCCGCGCCGUUCGAGCGCGCUUUUGCGAUCCAGCGCGACAUGGAGCAGAACCCGGUCGAGGACGGCGUCAAGGACCCGCGUGGCGAGGUCAUGAGCGUCCACUACCGGCCUGAAGAGGCGAUCUACCUCCUCCCGUCGUCCGACCGCGUCACCGUCGUCUUCUCGACCAUCUUCAAGGAGGAGACGGACCGCAUUCUCGGCAAGGUCUUUCUCCAAGAGUUUGUCGACGCCCGUCGCCGCCCGAGCUGCCAGACGGCGCCCCAGGUCCUGUACUCAAACCGCGAGCCGCCGCUCGAGAUCCGCCACCUCAAGGGCCUGGACAUGACGGAGCGCGCUGGCUAUGUCACGUUCGUCCUGUUCCCUCGCCACUUUACGCCUCAGUCGUACGCGUCGACCAUCACGCAGAUCCAGCUCUUCCGCGACUUCCUCCACUACAACAUCAAGUGCAGCAAGGCGUACCUCCACUCGCGCCUGCGCGUGCGCACGACGAGCUUCCUCAAGGUCUUGCGGCGCGCCCAGCCCGAGCCCGUCGAGGAGGGCGAGCGCAAGACGGCCAGCGGUAGGACCUUUGUGCGCUCGUAGAUCUCGCUCGCAGGUCGUGGAAUGGACUCUUUUUGUGCAUGUUU